AUGGAAGAUUUUGCCGAAAGACCAUUAUCAAAGAAACGGAGAAGGGCAGAUGGUGGAGGGAGUGAGGUUGCAAUUAACUUGGCCCCUGAAGUAUCUACUGUACAGUUUUGUGAAGUACUAGUUACUGCCAUCUACAAGAUGUUGGAUAAAUGUCAAGAAGAUGUAGAUGAGGGAUUUGGAAAUAAAGGUAAACAUGUGGUGAUCAGGGAGAUGGUGGAGGUGGAGGCGGGUGUUGAUAUGCAACCGCUUCUGGAUAAACGAAAGGGUAAGUGGCUCCAUGUGGGAGGGGCUCGAGCUAGGGGUAGCCCUAAAGAAAGAGGAGGUUCACAAAAAAGUGGAGAGGGUAAUUUGAUCAAUGAGUCUCGCACAGCUGGACAAACCGUGAUAGGUCCCGGAUUAAGGGCCCAUCACAAGCAAUGA